UUAGACUUUCAGGGUUUAGCCAGAGAUGAGAAAGAAAACGUUUCCCGCUAAAUAAAGGAAUUGAUUAGGAAAUCUAAUUAGCGAUUAAUUAGGAUUAGUGGUGAGACCUAGCUUAACGCAUCCUCUAAAUAUAAAUCCAAAUCUCCUACGUGUAACCAACCGUCAUUGUCCUCUUCUAGUAUUUCGACACGUGGUGUUCUUCCUGGCUUCCCUCUCCUCUAUUUCCCUGUUUUUUUCUUUUUUUCUUUCCCCGGAAAAUCUGAAUCCAAACCCUAGAAAUUUUUGGAGAGAGAUACGUUCUUCGUAUUACUAUGAAACUCUAGCUUCAAGUUUUUAGUUUUCUUUCAAUUUUUUUUUUUUUUUUUUGGGAAGAUUCAAAGUAUAUAUUAAAGUUUGAAAACGAAAGCAAUGGUGGAGGUUUCAGAGAUUGGGCUAAAAGAGGACGAGAUUGAACUGGAUUUAGGGCUAUCAAUCGGAGGUAGUUUCAGAAAUUCAGGCAAAUGGAAGCCGGUGGAGAGAGAAUCGCCGUCUCCGUUUGAUUCGAGAACCAACGGCUUCGAUGCAGAUCUGAGGGAAAACCAAACGACAUUCUCAAGAUCCAGCACGUCAACGACGUCGUUGGAGGCUGAGACGACGCCUCUGGAUCCACAGACGAAGCGCGAGAUCCACGCGUUUAGGAGGCAAGAAGCGAAGAAGAAGCAGCAAGAGAAAAGGUGUCGAGGAAGGAACUCAGCAGCAGUACAACAACAAGACCAUGGGAACGUGGAGAUUCAGACAGAAGAAGAACGGCCAAGAAAGAGAGAGAAAACGGAAAGUAGUGUUGGAUCGAAGAACAAUGCCGCGAAGAGCGUGGUGAACCUGAGUUCGAGUAACGGCCAAACGGAGCGUUAUCCGGUUCCGGAGGUACAGUACCAUUUCCCACCGAUGCAGUUCGUGCCCUACGAGAACGGGCUUGCAUAUCCGUACGUUAUGCAGUGUUGGGCGCCCAGUGGUGGAAACGAGAAAAACGUGUUUCAACCGGUGCCCUGCAAGGGCUUCAGGCCGUUUGUGGCCCACCAGAACUUGGGGCUUAGUCUGCCACAGAAUGGUGGUAGCGAUUCGGACCAGAAUGGUAGAAGAGAAGAAGGUAAAUGCAAGAAAUCGACGUCCAACGGGUCUCCUGUGUGCAGUUCUUCCACGAUUUCGGAUCAUCGUAGCUCUUCCUAUGAAGGAAACGGUAGCAGUGACACUAGAACUCAAUCAAGUCAUUCUUUACCAGGACAAUAUCAAGUAAAUGGUUCACAAGCAAAUGAUAUCAAGGGCCAUUCUGAACAGAGUGCUAGCUCUCAUCCUAACCCUAAUGAUUCUGCCAAGCUUCAUGAAGAUGGAACAAGAUCUAAUGAGAAAGUGAUCCCAUCACACGUCACCCAGUCAAGCCCAGCGGCAGUUUUACACAAGGAAGAAUCUCUGCCAGGAAGGAAUCCAGUUCCAAUUGAAAAACCCAUUGUAACUGCGGAAAAUUCGAAUCGUUGUUCCUUGAAGGAAGCCAAGAUGGAAAAUGGAAAGUCUCCUAAACAUCAACUGCAGAGCAACGAUUCCCUUUGCCUUCCACAAAUGCCUUAUGUAUCAGCAACGGGGAAUGGUCCCAAUGGAAAAACCAUCAAUGGGUUCUUGUACAGAUAUACUAAAUCGGAGGUCAGCAUCGUCUGUGUCUGUCAUGGAAGCACAUUCUCACCGGCUGAGUUCGUGCAGCAUGCUGGAGGCACUGAUGUUUCUCAUCCUCUUAGACACAUUACUGUAAUUCCAUCUGCUUUUGGAUGAUCCAAGUCUGAGCCUGUUUAAUCUCUCAAAUCUUCUCCCUUUGGUCUCUGACUUUUGUUUCUCGCCCAUGGGAGAAUCGCAGAGAAAUUUUCUUCCAGAAUUAUUGCGGGUUAUAAAUAGUAGUUCUUCCUGUUAAAACAAAUUGGGAAGGGUUAUUUUGCGUUUUAGUAAUACCUUUACUUAACUGCCACUAACACAGGGUUUGACCACAUUAUCUAAGCUUGGUUUCUUUUCUUCUUGGUUGAACAUAUUUGUUAUAUUUUGGCACGGUGGCUCGUGGUCCAACACGUCACAAAUCCCUUUGUUUUUGCUUCACGGGUGAUUUGUUGGAUCCUGUUCUGCAUAAAUUUUUUAAAGCUUUUGGAAGAAUUUUUAUUUUAGCCGUUUUUGGCUUGAUGA